ACGUUAGCUCGCUGGCCAGGUCUUGACAGUUAGCGUUCCUUAGCUAGCAGCUGUAUGCUAAUAUUAGUCAACGGAACCAAAUGCUGUUAUGGAUAAUAGGUGGGGAAACCGCCCCCGGUAUGCUAGACUAGCAUUAACUGAUGUCGGCAUUUACCGGGGCUCGAAGGAAGCGCGUGCAGAGGUGUAGACAGUUUGCACCAGCUGCUUAAGAAUCAGAACAUAUUGGGGCAGACUGACCACAUCAAACCGGAUGAAACUAGGUCAGACUGAAUCAAACCAGACUGAGACCAGAUCAGAACGGAGCAGACCAGACUGAUCCAGACGAUACCCGGCCUGUCCAGGAGGCCUGUUACAGUUUCCUAUCCAGUUGAGGGCUCAAGAGUGGAUGGAAGGAGAUGAUUUUAACACAGAGGCUGUGAUGAACAUCUGUGAUGACCUGAUGGCAGACCAAAGGAUGGACAUCUCGUCAACAAUGACUGACUUCAUGUCCCCCAGCUCCACUGACCUCAUCUCCAGCUCCAUCAGCACACCUGGCAUGGACUACACCCGCAAGAGGAAGGGCAGCACUACUGAUUACCAAAUCGAUGGCUUCUCAUUUGAUGAGAUGGACCCAGACAAAGAUAAACUGGGAAGUGAUCAACAGGGCCGGAUUAAGAAUGCCAGAGAGGCUCACAGCCAGAUCGAAAAGCGCCGCAGGGACAAGAUGAACAGCUUCAUUGACGAGCUGGCGUCACUGGUACCCACCUGUAAUGCCAUGUCCCGCAAAUUAGACAAGCUGACGGUUCUGCGCAUGGCUGUCCAGCACAUGAAGACACUCAGAGGUGCAGCCAACCCAUACACAGAGGCCAACUACAAGCCUUCCUUCCUCUCAGACGAUGAACUGAAGCACUUAAUAUUAAGGGCUGCGGAUGGUUUCCUGUUUGUGGUCGGCUGUGACCGUGGAAAGAUCCUCUUUGUUUCCGAAUCAGUCUACAAAAUUCUCAACUACAGCCAGAAUGACCUGAUAGGUCAGAGCCUGUUUGACUACCUUCACCCCAAGGACAUUGCCAAGGUCAAAGAGCAGCUGUCCUCUUCAGACACGGCCCCACGAGAGAGGCUCAUUGACGCUAAAACUGGUCUUCCAGUGAAGACAGACAUCACCCCCGGUCCAUCUAGACUCUGUUCUGGAGCCAGACGGUCGUUUUUCUGCAGGAUGAAGUGUAACAGGCCCUCUGUCAAAGUAGAGGAUAAAGACUUUCCCUCCACCUGCUCUAAGAAAAAAGCCGACCGUAAGAGCUUCUGCACCAUCCACAGCACAGGCUACCUAAAGAGCUGGCCACCCACCAAGAUGGGUCUUGAUGAGGACAACGAGCCAGACAACGAGGGCUGUAACCUGAGCUGCCUGGUAGCCAUCGGCCGCCUGCACCCCCACAUCGUCCCCCAACCCAGCCUGGCAGACAUCAGGGUGAAGCCCACAGAAUACGUCUCCCGACACGCAAUCGACGGCAAGUUUGUCUUCGUCGACCAGAGAGCCACAGCCAUCCUAGCCUACCUGCCCCAGGAGCUGCUGGGAACCUCCUUCUAUGAGUAUUUCCACCAGGACGACAUUGGCCACCUGGCAGAGUGCCACAGACAAGUGCUGCAGAUGAGAGAGAAGAUUAACACCAACUGUUACAAAUUCAAGAUCAAAGACGGCUCCUUCAUCACGCUGAGGAGCCGAUGGUUCAGCUUCAUGAACCCCUGGACCAAGGAGGUGGAGUACAUCGUCUCCACUAACACUGUUGUGUCGUGUCCUAUGAUGGAGGGAUCAGACUACCCUCAAUCUGCUGCCUCACCACAGAGUAUGGACAGUGUUCUCACCUCAGAGGGUGGAGGAAGGCGGGCGCUGCAGACGGUUCCUGGCAUCCCCGGUGGCACGAGAGCAGGAGCCGGCAAGAUUGGACGCAUGAUUGCAGAGGAAGUGAUGGAGAUCCAGAGGAUUCGAGGCUCCUCCCCCUCCAGCUGUGGCUCCAGCCCUCUGAACAUCACCAGCACCCCUCCACCUGACACCUGCUCCCCAGGGGGCAAGAAGAUCCAGAACGGAGGGACACCCGAGCUUCCGAGCACAGGGAUCAUUCCUGGACCUGAUUCUGUAGGCUACCCCUACUCCAACCAGUCCAUCAUGAGUGACAACUCCCACCUGAGUAUAGAUAUCAUGGACGAGCCCGGCUCCAGCAGCCCCAGCAACGACGAGGCGGCCAUGGCGGUCAUCAUGUCCCUGCUUGAGGCAGAUGCUGGCCUGGGUGGACCCGUCGACUUCAGCGACCUGCCCUGGCCUUUGUGAGGAAGCUGGAAGGGAAAGGGGGAGACUCCCUGUUAGCACCAGAGCCACUGAUGGAGAGAGUUGAGUCAGGUUGGAUUCUGGCUGUCAUGUUUCCUGCCGUCUGUACACAACUACACUGCAAAAAGUAUCCAUCUCAGCAAGUAAUAGUUUAAUAGAACAGGCUGUAGAUACUGAAGAUUUCUCCUAAAAGUACUACACAUGAGAAGAUUUUUUUUUUCAGUCUGGAUGGCUCUUACUGCUUUUCAGAUUUCACUCCGACUUCUUCAUUCAUCAUUCCCUGUAGGUGGACGAGAGAUGCUGGGAUUCUUCUAUAAAGAUCCUGCUGUUAGGAUGAUUCUUUUUGCAUUGUCAGUUGCCUGCAGACAAGGCGUUCCCAGACAUUGCCACGGUGAGACACCAUUACUCUAACAACAGCAGAGUAAAUAGGAUCUCCAGUUACAGGACUGCGGUGCUAACACGUCUACUGAAGGACUGAACUCUGUCUAACAGUGGCUCUGGGACCUGUCCUCACCAGGUCAGCAGCCAACGCCCAACCAACACAGGACUCCUGAGACAUUCACAGACGGUGGUUGAAGUUUGAUGUUGGGUGGGGAGUGUUGAUUUCUGCCUCCCGCCGCAGCCCUUUCAACAUCUCUAACUGUAAAUUCUCCUUGUAGGAUGCGGACGCUGGCUGUUUUAGCCAGCUGAUCUCCAACACAGGAGAUGAACACACAGCAGUCAUCCUCUGGAGAUUUGCUUGGAAUAUUCUUAGAGGUUCCUUAUUCCCAAGCCACAUGAUUCCACAAGCAGCUGUAUUUCAGUUCAUUUAAAUAACGACAAAAUCCUUUGUAAAAAAAACAAAACAAAAACAAAAAAUAAAGCCACCUAGCUGCUGUUUCCUUAACUAACACCAACAUAAGCAAAUUUUUCUACAAGCUACUCUGAAGCUCAUCCUCAUUCAAUUCUAUUUUCCCACAAGAGUACGGUGGAUUUUUCCUGAGUUUAAAAGUAAUGUUUUAAACACAAAGUGCUCCACCUUAAACUACCUGCAGUAUUUCUGUCAGAAGUAAGUUGUGAUGAUUCAUUAUACAGCUGUCCAAAAAUAAUACUCCUAAAGCGCUUGCUGCUGCAGCCAGUGAUUCAUAGAACUUGCUUAGUAGAGGUCUUCAGAUGUCCAAAAUUACGAGCCCCAUCGGAAGUGAACCAGCACAGCACCUAACAUGAUGUGCAUAAGUUAAUUUUACACACUGUGAUGACAUUCAGACCUUGUUUGAAUAUUCCAGGGUCAUUAGACCUGAUCUAAAAUGUGAUUCGACACAGACACGCCCAAGUAGAGACACUGGCAGCCGCAAAAUGAUGGUUAUAUAUAUAACAUGUUAUAUGGACUUAAACUUCCAUGUCUCUCGACCCACAGAGCUGUGAGUCAGAGUCCUGAUCUGACUCAGUCAACUGACUUUCCUGCACACAUUACUGGCAGGAAGAGAAUUUACUGUUGCGGCCAGUGUGCAUCACAUCACCUGACUUGCAGUUCCAGCUGCAGUCAGUACAUUGAAACCAACUCACAGCUCAGCACUGAUCUUGGGGGGUCGAGCUGUGUCCCAGUCCCAUACUACACACUAACUAUAAGAGGCUUCUCACUAUGUGUUGUGUUCACAUUGGACAAUAUGUCAGAUAAUGUACAUUUAAAACAGUCAGCAUAUUAAACCUCUUGAUUUCAGAGUGUGCUGUUGAUGCACACUAACCUCCCAUAAUUCAGUGCACAAAGAACUGGAGGAGCUGUUCACAGCCAAGAAAAAUUCAAAGCAGUUGUUUGGGUUGAAGCUCAAUUCUGAGAUUGUUCUCUCAAUAUUGUUCUAAUUAAUAAUAAAUACAGCAAGAUCUGAUCAACCCAUAUCAACCUUGUGUCACCUGCCACCUGUGUCCAGAUCAACCUCCACCUACUUACAGUCUAAACUCCGCCCAUUCUGAGUACAGAUAGUCACAGAUAAUUUAGUCAGUUAAACAGAUACAGAUAUAGACAGUGGUGUACUUACUCAUCCCCAGUAAUGGUGGAUGGUAAAGCAGCUCCAGCAACACUUCAGAAAAUAAAAGAACAUAUCUGAAGUUGCGGUAAAAUUAACUUCAACAUCUUAAUAAUUGUGUACUUGACUUCUUGCAUACUAAAAAACAAAAGCAGUAAAAUGAAUGCACAGUAUAUACUGUGUGUGGUUAACAUGUAGUAUGGGAUUGGGACACAGCCUGUUCUGUCCAGGGUUUACAAAGGAUCAGAACAUACUAAUGAUUGAUUUAUGGACUGCACAGCUCACACUCUGGCUGCCUAAAAAAAUAUAUACAUAUAUUGACAGUGAUUAUCAGCAGGAGAUUAUCAGUUUGUAUGUGUCACAUGCAGAUGUGUGUAUGUAAAUCUUUUUACACAGUACAACGGCUCAGUGCACAACACAGUUACACUGAACAUAAUUGCACCCAGUUCAGUCAUCAGAAAGCAUUUGGACCUGUGAAGACCUCUCAUUGUUCUCUAGAAUGUGUUUUACUGCACAUUGCAGCUGUGUUAAUGAUCCAGUGUGUAAGAUUUAGAGGGAUAUAUUGGCAGAUUGGCAAUUAUUGUGUUUUUGCUACCUUAUAAUGAGCUGUUUAUAUCCAAAUAUGGAGCGGAUCCUUGUCUACAGAGUCAGCCUUGUUACACCACCAUGUUCUACAGUAGCCCAGAACAGACAAACCAAUCACUGGCUCUAGACAGGGCCAUUUGCGUUUUUUGAUCGGCCUUUGAUCUCUCUGACACACUUGGCAAAUGAAUGAAGUUUCACUUGGUUGUAGUUUGUAGCCUCACCACUAGAUGGCACUUAAUCCUACACACUGGACCUUUAACAGUAAGCAGUCAGCAGGAGAAGAGUUAACAGCUGAAGUGAAGCUCUGACUACUUUUACAGCAAAGACUUUAAAGGUGGAGUCAGUGAUUCUGGGGAAAGAUUGUAAUGUUUGAACUCAACACUUACACAAACACACCCCUCCUGUCAGUGCUCCCUAAGAAGCUGCACUAAUAUCUCCGCUGUUAUCUAGGUUUCGUUACUAUCACGGUAUUGCUCUGUGUGUGGGUGAGGAUGUGACAGAGGGUAGCCAGCAUAGUGUUCCAUGGCCAGAGCCAGGGCUUUAUUUGAACAUUGGAUUUUUUUUUUUUUUUCCAGCGUGCACACAGAACAGACAGCUAGUGGACCGCAAGGAGAUAUUCACAGAAUUUGACAAAGUGUACUGGAUAAGAAUCGCUGACUGCACCUUUAACAGAGAAAUGAGGUGAGUAGAAUUUGGUUGAAGCAGCAGCUGAGUGUGCAGGUGUGUGUUCAUGGCUGUAACGGCACGCUCAACGUCUCUCUCAAAAGAGCAAUUCAACCGCAAACCAAGACAAUUCAAGUGCUCCUCGAUGAGGAGACGUUCUUCACUGCCAUUUUACUGAGGUCUGCUCCUCACACGUUAGCAGGCUCAUUAGCAUCAGCCUGCUAAUGGAAAAACCUGAUGGUCUGGGUCACAGGGUCUCCACCUACUCAUUCCCUCUACACCAAUACCCAUAUGAAGCACUUGUGAUGCAGAAAGACUGUCAGUCUGAGUCCAGACUGAUUCAGCGCAGGCCCACAGAAAUAAUUUCUUUGCCUUAGUGAUCGUAAUAUUUAAAAAUGGACCUGACACAUCCGUCAGUACCUGGGCUUCAGUUUAGUCAUAAACUGAAAACGAACAGCCCCCUCUGAUUUUUUUUUUAAAGGGGUUGGAAGAAAAAAUACCUCGGAGUAAAAUUCUGCGGACAGAUUUACAGUGUAUGGAUUUUUAAAAAAAAAAAAAAAAAAAUCCUGCAGUUACUCUUAAAUUUGGUCUGUUUAGCACUUAAUAACACACAGAUGUACUGUGGCUACAUGGAACUGUCAAUGCAAACUACUUUGUGAGCAGAGAGGGCUAUAAUGUAGACAGGGAGCGAGUAUAGAAACAGAUAAAUGUCCUAGAGACAGAGGCGACAGUAAAUCCCACAGAGUAGGACUUUGUAACAGGGAUAAAGCUAACCACAUCCUGCGACAGGUAACAGUCAGCAGGAAUGGCCGGGAGUGUCCAGAUGGAAUUCUUCAUUUCAGUGUCUGUUUUUCCUCCACGAUAAUGAAUAGCCUCAACACAACCUCUUCACCUCGCCAGCUCUCUGCUGCUCACAGAACAUUGUUGUCAGAGUUUAAGAAGAGGUGGACAUACUGAGAGAGGACUCCAAAGUCCGACUGCCUGCCUGUAUGGAAAGAAAAUUAAUUUUCCCUCGAUACAGUGUACCAUUCUGUAAAACUGAUUUCAACUAAUGUCGGUGUUCCAAGAACUCUCCCAAAUUAGUGCAUUUUACUGAAUAUAUUUAAAAUGUUGAUACAGGUUUGUGGAAAUAUAUAUAAAAAUAUAUAAUAUAUAUAUAUAUAUAUAUAUAUAUAUAUAUAUAUAUAUAUAUAUAUACAUAUAUAUCUUUAUUUUUAUAUGUAUUUCUGAAAUGCUCUUGAAAACAAUCGUGCAUGCAUUUGGAAACAAACAUAAGAUGUCCUGGAAUAUACUGAAAGUGCACUUUAAACAGAUUGUUAAUAGAUUUAAUUAAUAUAGUAAAGUGUCCAGCUUUUACAUAUUUGUAUGCAUUUUGCAAUGCAUUUUGAAUAUACGCACUGCAUUGUAUGGAUAAGUUUAUCCCCAGUUUGUGCAUCUUGUGUUAGGUUCUCAUGUGUUACGUUCAAGUCACAGAGCUGAGCAUUAGUUUUUCUGAAAGCCAAAUAACCAACCAUCUUUGAUGAACACAGGACAUCGUGUAACAACACUCAGCGGCAACAGUGGGAACUCAAGUCACAAAUUUGACUUGACUUUACAAAAUCAAAAAAGACUCGCAGCUCGACCUGGACUUUAACAACAAUGACUUUACUGGGACUUUAGCCUUUUGACUUGAAAAAACUUGAUACCUUUUGCCAAGCCCAAAGAUUAAAAUGUAUGUUAUUUAAAAGUGUGUCACAAUUCAACUCAUGUCCCUUCAUUUCCUGAAUCCAUUAACAUUAAUGUUAGUCGCAGCAAGUCAACACUUAAUUCUCCAGAUCCGAGUUGUUGGAACAAACUGGACAGCAUCCAAUCAGGCUGCAGGAGAGAACCUUGAAGAACUAACGUUAUGAUACUGAGCGCCAGUUGGAAAAAGUAAUUCCAAAGAUAAGUUUGUUUGCAUACAAAAACUAUCCAGUGGACUACAAAAAAAAGUAUGCAAAACAUGCAGGUCAGAAAUUACAGAUGAGAUACAAGAACUUCAAACAAACUACAAAUGUAAAGUGUAAAGUCAGAAAAACAACAAAAGAAGAUCUUCUGAUCUAACUAAUAGUCCUACUCAGUCUGUUUAGUCAUAGUCUGGUCCUUAUUCACAACCAUCUCUGUAUCUGAAUGUCUGCACUCUAUAUUUUGUACUGAAAUUUAUUUUGUUCAGUCACAAAACAACCCUAUACAUGAGAUUCAUGUCUUGUUAUCUGCAGGGACCGAUGAGCAGUAAGAAUCUGACAGCAGUUACAAAGAUUGUAAUCGUCGCUCGAACAUUUCCAUGAACAGUCUCAAGGGCAGUCUAUCAGCGGCUUGCACUCUCUGCUCUCGCAGACUUUAUGUGAUGAACUCGUCACAGUACAUAUGAGUGAAGUCAGUAAGGGCUCAGUCCACAAGUCCAGAGGGUGGACGUUCGGAUGCAGCCUAUGACUUUGGACUUGACCAUAGACCUGCCUGUCUUGACUCGGGAUUUGCCUGUCCUGACUUAGGACUUGACUGGGGACUUGAGUGCAAAGACUUUAGACUUACGUUGUGUUCACACCAAACAUGAUGUGCAUUUUCACGUUGCAUUACUCAUGCGAGUUUGAAUGGCAGAAUAUUUUUGGUUGACUUGCUCCAUUUGUGCGUGAAAUCGCUGAAUCGAUGACUGAACUUCUGCCGAUACAUCCUCAGUGUCAUUCAUCCACAGAGGAUCUCAAUGCUGAUUGGCUACUGCGGUGCAAAUUGGACGCUGAAGUUCAGAUAUUUCAACUCGCAAAUAAGCAUAUGACACAAGCUACUCGCUUCAUUCGUGCUGCUGAAUUUGCAUAUUUCGCAUCAUUUGCGUUGCGUCACCCAGCAGGAAUUCACAUUUAAUCGUGUCUUUACAUUGACUGUACAUGUAAUUCACUCACGUGAAUUGUUUUAUUGCCACCCAGUGUGAACACAUUACUAACCUGCAGAAUAUUGACUUGGCCCCACCUGUGCUCAAUACUGUAAUGAAGGUAUUUCCACUAUGUUAAGAAUAAUAACAAAAGCCGGGCAAACAUAAUUUCUUUCCAUAUGGGCAGAGAGAUUUGAAUCUCUGGUUUGAUAACAACCAUUUGCGGCUGAACAUCUGCCAGCCUUUUAAAAUGAGACUCUAUCUGAUUGGGGAUGCAAAAUGGUGCAAGUCAAAGAGCUGCAGCAGUUCCUGUGUGGCCGUCUGUGUAAACCCCUCCACUGGUGCUCACAGUUGGUUUGAAACAGGACUGUUGACAUUGAAAUAGCUGCUGAGCUCAGGCUCCGCCCCCCUCCUGUCCUCUUCCAAUCAGGCAGCAACUGGCGAGGUCCCCUCUGUAUCUGUUCUAGUGGUUUUCUGUUUCAAUGUUUUUACGCUACACACACUACAAUAAAGUGUUUCCCUUGUUGAUAUACCCCUCCCCACCUGACAAUAAUGUAUCAAAUCUUUAAAUAUUAUCAUGUUAAGAGUAUACUUUAUGCAAAUAUAUAUGAGUAUGUUGAGUGUAUUGUAUGUAUCAGCAGUGAAAUAUUUUUAAAAUAAAAUUAUUUGUUUCUGUCAUGAUGGAAUCACUCUGUCAUUACAUCAUGCAACUGUCUUUUCCCCUCCAUGAUUUUACUUCUUUUCCUGUCGUAG